GCCCAUCCUGAAAGGAGCGGCGGCGGCGGCGGCGCGCAGUGCAGCGGUUGCGCCUCGGGAGGAGCUGAGCCGCGCUUCGCCUUGACUCGCCGUUUACUCCUCGCUCAGUUUUUGAAUAUGUCAAGCUGUACAAAGGUGGUCUGGACCAUGGAAAAUUCCUCCAGCUCCUCUAAAAAUGAAGAUUGCGAUGAUCCAGAGUUACAGUGGGAUCGAGUGAUGACUGAAAAAGACUGGCUGAAUUGCUGGGAAACAAACAAUAUUGGAUUUCAUAAAAAGGAAGAACAUCAGUUCCUGAAGAAAUACCUGGAUACUUUUGUCAAUGGCAGGAAGGAAUUAAGAAUAUUUUUUCCACUUUGUGGGAAAGCUGUUGAAAUGAAAUGGUUAGCUGACAUGGGACACCAUGUGGUUGGUGUGGAAAUUAGUGAAAAUGCAUUGAAGGGCUUUUUCGCGGAACAAAAUCUUUCAUUUUCAGAAGAAAUAGUUCCAGAAAUCCCUGGAGCUAAAUUAUUGAAGUGCACAUCUCCGAAUAUUUGUCUCUAUUGUUGCAAUCUAUAUGAUUUAACCAGCUCUGUCACUGGUCAUUUUGAUGGGAUUUGGGACAGAGGUUCCCUAGUAGCUGUUAACCCUUCUGAGAGAGAACGCUAUGCUCAGUUGAUACUAUCACUAAUGAACAGAAUGUGUCGCUGCCUUCUAGUUACUUUGUUGUAUGAUCCAAGGAAACACAAAGGCCCACCAUUCUAUGUUGCUGAUUCAGACGUGAAAAGUUUAUUUGGAAACGACUGCAAUAUUCAAUGUCUUGAAAAAGUCUAUAGUUUGGAAGACCGACAUAAGAAGUGGGGUUUAGAUUAUUUAUGGGAGGUUUUAUACUUGAUUAUAUUGAAAGAACCGAGAUGACUCCUAGGCCUACUCCUCGGAGGAUGAGAAAAGCCACAUGGUUUACAGACACCAUAAUGUUUCUGAUCUGAGGAUUGAUCAUUCUUCAGAUACUUUCUUCUAUUAUCAAUAUCUCUGAGAAUAAUUUUCUUGAAAUUUGCCUUUGCAAAUAAACCUACAUUGUUAAAAUGGAAUGUCAAGAGUCACAUCCAGAUUUGUGCUUUCUCCCCAUUUCCCCAUCUAUUGGGUUAAUCCUAGUAAUUGGCAUUAUGCCGAGCUAAAUACAUUUGUAAUAUUACACAAUAUUGACUUUGCUUGGAAAGAUUCCUUGGCUAUCGGAUGCUCAGUAAAACGUUGAUUAGAGGC